AUGCUGCAGUACUUCGUUGAUAAGCUUUUUGGAGAUCUACCUGCGAACUUCAAUUUUGUAAUUCGGAAAAAAUUAGAGUUUAACAAUCCGAAAAAGUGGUAUUAUGAGAUUUAUGAAGGACUAAACAAGAACAAUGAAGAAGUGUGUAUUUUCAUUUAUGAAAAGAAAUACAAAGAAAUGAACAGUGAGAAAAGAUACACAAAUAAUCAUCUCACAUAUUCGAAAAAGCUAAUUCAUCCGAAUAUUUUAAAGGUUUUACAUACUCACGAAAAUGAAAAGAGGAUAUAUAUAGUAACAGAAAAAUGUAUUCCCUUACAUUUUGAGGGGAUAAGGAGUGAUCCAAUUUGGGGAAUAUAUGAAAUAUUUAGUGCAGUUCAUUUUAUUAAUUUAUGUAAUUAUGUACACUGUUUGGUGGGUCCCUUAUCUGUAUAUGUCAACGAAAGAGGGAGAUGGAAAUUGUCUUUAUUUGAUUGUAUUCAUGAAAAAAAUUCAAGUAUCCAUGCCAUUUUGAAUGACAUAAGUGAUCACAUAAUUUGUAAUUAUGGUUACAAUCUAAAUAUUCCAAAUGGGGUUCAUGCAACAUGGAUAGAUGCCCAUGGGCUAGCUCUUCUGAUGACAUGGUGUUAUAAAAAUUAUCUCUCACGAACUAGUCAUUUGGAAGAUUAUUAUGACGAAGUUAUUCCAAUUCGAAAGGAUGAUGAAGGAGGUAAUAAAAGUAUUGAUAAAAAUGAGAAUUUUUUGAAAACACCGAUUCUGAAUGUAUCUGAAAUGCACAAUUAUUAUGACACGAAUAUAUGGAGUAUGGAUAUUUUGAAGGGAUCAGAUGAGUGCAUACCAAAAUUAUUAACCCCUUUGCAUAGUAUGCUACUAAAAUUAAGCAACAAAGAAGUAAAUUUUCUUACAUUUUUAAAUGAUGAAAGUCUGAAAGGAGAUAAGACUAUAAGCAUAAUGCUGUUUUUAACAGAAAUGCACAUGAAGACAAAGAUUGAAAAAACAGAAUUUUUAGAUAACCUUUUUAAUAAUUUAGAGAAUAUAUCUGUACAUGUAAGAAUUGAAAAAAUAUUACCUGAACUUGCUCAGAAUAUUGAAAUAUCGGAAAAUAGGGUGACAUGUCUGAAAAUUAUUUUAAUUAUUUGUAAAGAUAUAUCAACAAAUUAUUUUGAGAAAAUUAUAUAUCCAAUUGUCUCAAAAUAUUUUUCACUAAACGAUAGAGCAGUAAGGUAUGUAUUACUGGAAAAUUUUCAUCUGAUUGAAAAACAUCUAUCUAGUAAUCAUAUAAACGAAAUUUAUAAUUCUUAUAUGUAUGGGUUUCUAGAUAAUAAUGCAUAUAUAAAAAAUGAAACUAUAAAAAAUUUCAUUCAUGUAUUUCCAAAAUUGAAAUCAAAUUUUAAAUCUGCAUCAUUAUCUGUUUUGCUAGAUAAUUUAAGAGAAAAAGAUUUUUGUGUUAAAACAAAUACAAUCAUCUGUAUAGCCAAAAUUGCGAAGCAUAUUUUGGAUGAUAAACAGAAUAUACUUGAAAAUGUUUACAGAGUUGGAUUACAGGAUUCAAUCAUUCAAACCAGAUUGGCAACUAUACAUUCUAUCAAAUUUACCUACGACCAAUUUAGUCCAACCAAGUAUGUCUCGAAUAUAUUGCCUCUUCUUGUUAAAUCCCUUAUUGAUGAUUCUUCUGAGGUUCGUCUAUCAGCAUUUGACACGUUGGAAUCUGUGUGUUCCUACUUGAGAAAAGAUUUACUAUGUUCAAGUGAAGUUACAAAAGUAGAUAUUAGUAAUGUAUCACGAGAGCAUGCCAUUUUAAAUGAUUCUUCUUUGCCAUCACCAGAAGUGGAAUCCCCUACGAGUUACAAUUUUUUAAACAAAAUAAAGGGUAUGAUCACUUCCAAGAGUGAGAUAUAUGUAGGAGGAACCUCCGGUUCUUCACAUAUCCAGCGUGAGAGAUGUUUCAAUAUCGAUGGCUUAUCAAGUCGUGUAGAAAUGGAUCGGAUGGGGGGAGAAAUCCCUACCCCGUUUGUGCACAACAUGAACAAUGUACGAUGUGGACAAUAUGAGAACGUGUCGGGGCAUAAUGUAGGGGUGCAUAACGAGGGGGUGCAUAACGUGGGGGUUCAUAACGUGUCGGGGCAUAACGUGUCGGGGCAUAACGUGGAAUCUACAAAUAAUAACCGGAUCAGUGGAACUGCAAGAAGUAAUAAUACAAACAUCUGUUUUGAUUCGUUGGUGGGGGUGACAAAUAAUAAGGGAAAUAAUCACACGUCUACAUAUCGACAUGUUGUUCAAAAAAAUGAUUUGCUAUUUAAGGAAGAAAUGAAUAAUAAUAGUUACGACAUGAAGAGAAAAAAUAGUGAUAAAGUGAAAAAUGCUUAUGGCAAUGAUGAGACUGCUAGUAAAGAGGACAAAUGCAUCUUAUACGAACAGGGAAAUUAUGAAGAUCAGAGUUGGAGUUCAGUAAAUAUGAAUAGAUCAUACGAAGACAAUAAACGAGACAACCUUUUUAGUGGCGAUUUUAAGCUUAGAGAUUCAGUUAGAAAAACAUCCCAAAAAAUUGAUAUAGACAUAGAUGAUUUUUUUAAUGAAUUUGAUUUAAAGGAGGAGAGAAGUGCCAAGGUGAAGUUGAAUUUGUUGUAA